AUGGUUCCCAUCUUUAGCCCUACCGGCUUUGGCCGCUUCCUCGACAGUCACAGCCGGCGUACUUCAAGUAGCACCUCUCACAAGCCGGCGCUGUCACCGUCACUGUCACAACCUUCUACCGAGCCAAUGGCAACCGUACUCAUUGGUCCCAAGCAGCAGCGCUUCAAGGUCAACAAGCAGCUCCUCUGCGCAACCUCGCCCUUCUUUGCCGAGCGCUUCGACGACCCCUCCAACUCCUCGAGGUCCAUCUCCCUGUGGCUGCCCCGUGAGUCGGCCUCCAUGUUUGGCCUCUUUGUCGACUGGGUCCACCUCGGUCUCGGUUUCCGUCAGCAUCUCGAUGAGGCCGUUUCCAACGCUUAUGAUGCUGGAGAUGAGGCCACUCGCAACAUCCACUGGUCCAUGAUUCGCCUGCACCUAUUUGCUUCCCGUCUUGGUCUCUACCGCCUUCAGGAUCUCUCUAUGGACGCCAUCCAGGACCUCUACCUGCGCUGCGACUGGGAUGUCCCUCCUGGACUUGUCACAUUCCUCUACACAGAAUGUGAGGACCUCGCCGCUAUCCGACUUCGACGCUGGGCUGUCGCCAUGGUUGCCUUCUCCUUCACUGGCGGACCUCGCCUUACCUUUCACCCUCAAGACUCUACUGCCUCGGAACCAGCUCGCUUCAGUGACCUGCUCGAGGAGCUCCCGGAAUUCGCCGCCGACUACGACAUGCACAUGAACAAGAUGCGCCUCUCAGGACUCGACAUCCGCUUCAAGAACCCGCAGCUGCGUAUCCCGGCCAACCGCCUCCGCAACGAAGAACGCGCCUUUGGUUUCCGACAGUGCUCCUUCCACUCACACCGCGCAAGCGUCGGCGAGCGCCGGUGCCCUCACGAUGCCGGAUCGUCAAAGCACCGCCGCGUGCACCCGCCGGGAGCCGCCGUGCCAGAGCAGAAGGGCUCCGAGUCGACCGGUCUCACGGCGCCGACACGGAGGUACCGCGACGUCGUGCCCAAGCCCCUAUUCUCCGGCCCCGCGGAUGAGGAACCGGGAGAGGACGACGACGAGAUAGCCAAGGCCAUCAAGCACGUGAGGUCAAUCUCGAGUACGCUCAAGACAUGA